AUGCACAGAUUCAACAUUUUGAUUGGGGAAUGAGAGAAACGUUUUAGGAAUGUUGAUUGGAAGCAACAUUGGCAUUUGGUGUCCGGAAUACAUUACCAGCGUGGCGGCCUUCCGAUUACAAAGUUAUCUGAUUGAAUGUCAUAUUCAAUCAGAUAUCUUCGACGUCUUUAGUUCAAAAUCCAGACUUGCUAUCAUCAACCUUGAUCUCUUGCAUACUUGCAUACUAACCUCAUUUUUAAGGAAUCAAGAAAUCACCCUCAUAUGCUUCCUUUUAAUGACUUUUGAAACAAAUGUUUCCUGGGAGUUCAGUCUGUGGUGCUUCUGAGGCCGCAGUGCAGCAUGGGGUUUUAUGUCGGCGGAGCAAAACUAGCUGAAACCAGUUUGAGGCAGAUGGAGGGGCUGAUGGGAACAAUGCUGUCUCUGUGCUCCACUGAGGGAUAAGCGGUAUUCCACGCUAACUCCAUGCCGGCGGCACCUCGGAUCUUGGCCAUCGGCGACGGCGACAUGGGCAUCGUCAACGGCAAGCUAUGCUGCAAUGACUCGCAGCAAAGGGAGCAGGGAGAUUUGAGAAGGGACAAAUUGGGGUGGGGGUGGCUGCCUGGAAGUCUGUGAAUCUGCAGCCCACACACACACACACACACACACACACACAGGAGCAUGAUCCAUGUGUCUUAUUUAUAUGUCAGCAUGCUGCUAGUGCUAUAGAGAAUGACAAAAGAGGACCACCAGCACUUAGCACAACGUUGGAUGUAACCUGACCCUCAAUUCUGGGCCUUUUGUGAAGAAGCUGAUUUUUUUUUCUCUCCAGUCAGGGUGGGGUGGCAUUGCUUUUUAAGGGAUUAGUAGUGUUGUGAACAUGUUUGUUGUAGGAUGGGAAAAAGGACAGGAGGAAGUUCGGCUAGUGGCUGGAGAGGGACGAGACAAGGAGAGAGGGUGAGGAGGGACGAUUCUCUUGCAUGCUUCUUCGACUAAUCUUCAUUUUACUGACAUGGUAGUGUUGUAAAUGUGUAGCUCUUGAGUUCAGUGAUGCAUGCUUGUGAAAGGUGUGCUGGGAAUGGGAUCCGCAUGGACUAUUUGUCAUAUUUGUGAGUAUUUGGCAUUCAUUUUCAGUAUCAGACAGAUCUGGCUAACUGCUUUUUCAAGGCCUUUUUUUCCUCUGCUGCAGCAGCAGCAGCAGCCAUUUUCACCUCCUUUCAUUAGUCAUCUGCCCUUUUCCCUCCAUAGCGUCGCCAUCCUCACAAUCUCCUCCCUUCCAUGAACACAGAUAUCCCCCAUCAUUGGAUUAAGAAGUGCCGUUUAACUCAAAUAAAGCCGAAACCAAAUAAAUAUGUGCAUGCAUGUUUACCAAAGCAGAAGUGAUCAUAGCUCCAACCAGGCUAGCCCCAAAGCGCUCCCUUUGUCCCCAACAACCAUGAUACAUAAAUGGUGCAUUUCAUUCCUGUCAUAUUGUUGUGCAUAAAAGACACCAAAAUGUAUGCGAUGACAAUUGAAAUGCACAAGCAUAAAGCAUAAUACAUUUUGUUGCUGUCCAAUGAAAAGCACAAAUCCAGUAUAAAUACACGGAGGAUACUAUGACUGCACUUCUAUAAUUGUGUACUGAAUGCCAACAUUGCAGCAUUUUCAUAAUAAAAUCCAUGGUAAUGAGUUAGCGUUCAUCUUCAUCCAAAGUUUAAGCCAGACAUCAGCAAGGGAACUUCUUUUUCAUCCUGAAAAUGAACAUUGACAUUUUUUUUCAAUAUCACUGCAUAUCAUAAGACGUAGCUUACUUAUAGUGAAGUAACAAAGAACCUUCAAUGUACCCGAUAAUGAUUUUUUAUGCCACUUCAAGGUGACAUCCUCAUCGAGGCAGGGAAAGGAACAUGGGCGAUAUGAAGACACCAGACUUUGAUGACCUCCUGGCAGCCUUCGACAUCCCUGACAUGGUGGAUCCGAAAGCUGCAAUCGAAUCUGGCCACCAAGAAGAUGACAACGCCAAGCAAGCAAAGUGUGGCGCAACCACAGCUGAAGAUGAGACCCACCAUACCACGACUGGACAGGAUGUCGGCGUCAGUGUCAUCGUCAAGAAUGUUCGAAACAUGGAUACAAAUCAUCCUAUUGGAAAUCUUUCGGAAAAGGACGUGCUGCUCCAAUCCCAAUCCCAUUCUCGAAGAAGUGUCAAUCAACUUCAAAAUGGACUCUUACCUUCCAUGCCGGCGGAUGUUCAUUAUGCCAAAAAUGUAUGGAAAACUUCCAGGGAGGAUGGACAAACAGUCGGUCAUCAAUUCAGCCCUAUCUCCAGCGCAGAGGAAAUUGAGGAAGAGGAUACGAUUGAGAUCCAUAAUAUAUCUGACAAAAGGGGCAGUCGUUCAGUUCUCAAGUCCACCACAAAAAAGUCUCCAGCGUCCGUGGAGAUGGUUUCUAAGUUCAAAGCAAAAGGCUUAAAACCAGAUCAGAACAACAACCAAAAUGUCCCUCUGGAGGGUUCAGUUUUCAGUCAUAACCAACAGUCGAGUUCUCCUAAAGAUGGGCCUAAGGAAGGUCUUCACAGAGACACGGAGAGCAAAGAGACUAAUGGGCACACAACGCAAAUAAAAUCCAAGUCCUCUGCAAAACUUUCUUCUUGUAUUGCCGCCAUUGCCGCUCUUAGUGCUAAAAAGACAAGCCCUACGAACUACAAUGCAUUGGAUUCCACUGUUACAAAAAUGGAAUCUAACCAAGACAAUGAAAACUUCAGAGUUCCAAGAAAGAUAUGUGAACAGGAAUCAGCUUUGGAGUUGGCAAAGCGGCUGCUAUCAGGACAACCCCAGAGUCCCUCAAACAGUGAGAGUAGCAACAAAGGUUCACCCGCCUCUAGCACAGACACCACCCCAGUCAUCCCAAAAGUUAGGAUAAAAACUAUCAAGACCUCUUCUGGACAGAUCAAGCGUACUGUCACGCGGGUCUUACCAGACUUGGAAUUCGAAUCAAUGAAAAAAGGGGGAAAUUCCAAUGGCCCAACAAUAGUGGCUACCACUGGUGCGUUUUUCUCGUCUCCGGCAGGGUCUUCUUUGCCAACUACGGUCGUUGCCACGUGUGGGGGUCCGUCAAUUGAAAUUACCAAACAGAUGACAAUUAAACCAGUAGCAACCGCCUUCCUCCCAGUCUCAGCCGUCAAGACAGCCGGUUCCCAAGUCAUCAACCUCAAACUGGCUAAUAACACCACAGUCAAAGCAACCGUUAUUCCUGCUGCCUCGGUGCAAAGUGCCGGCAGUGCCAUCCUUAAAGCGGCAAAUGCCAUACAACAACAGACGGUCAUGGUACCUGCCUCCAGUUUGACCAAUGCUAAGCUAGUACCAAAAGCAGUCCAUCUCAGUAAUCUUAAUCUUCUGCCGCAGAAUGUAACCCCCGCUCUUAACGAUCUCCAACAAGCAAAGUCCUCCUCCAAGCAAUCGCAACAACUUAAACAGCAAGCACUUUUCAAUGGCCAGCACUCCAAGAAGCUCUCCAGGGUUCAAGUCAUAGCCAACUCUCAUAGCUCCGUAGUCGACGCUUUCAAUAAAGUCCUGAGUAGCAUAAAUCCCGUUCCUGUGUAUAUCCCAAACCUCUCUCCACCAACCUCAGCCUGUAUUUCCCUCCCAUCUCGUGGCUACAAGUGCCUAGAGUGCGGUGACUCAUUCGCUCUUGAAAAGAGCCUGACCCAACAUUACGGGCGUCGUAGUGUGCGGAUCGAGGUUACCUGCAAUCACUGUUCAAAAAGUCUUGUCUUUUACAACAAGUGCAGCCUGCUGUCUCAUGCCAGGGGCCACAAGGACAAAGGAGUUGUCAUGCAGUGCUCGCACUUAAUCUUAAAACCCAUCCCUGCAGAUCAGAUGAUAACGGCAUCGGCCUGUUACGGACCAACGUCCAUCACAGAUGGCAACUCCACUUCCGAUGCACAGGCAUUACCAGCUGAAAUCCCGGGAAAGGUUCCGAGUGGUGCGUCGCAAAGUGCGGUGAUUUCAGCUCCAAGCAGCUCCCCUCUUGAGGCAGCCAUGCCGUUGGAGGACGAUGCAUCCAAGCUCUGUAGGCACAGCUUGAAGUGUUUGGAAUGUAAUGAAACGUUCCAAGAUGACAGCUCACUAGCUAUGCAUUAUCAACAAGUUCUGGAGACCAGUGGGCAGAAAACCUGCACAAUCUGCCAAAUGCUUCUUCCAAACCAGUGCAGUUUUCUGUCGCAUCAAGGAAUCCAUCAGCACAGGUCUCCUUACAUCUGCCCAGAGUGCGGCGCAAGCUGUCGUUCUGUCCACUUCCAAUCCCACGUCACCAAGAACUGCCUGCACUACACCCGUAGAGUCGGCUACCGAUGUAUCCACUGCAGCGUCAUCUUCUCUGAUGUUGCCACUUUGAAGUCCCACAUCCAGACUACACACUGUGAGGUCUUCUAUAAAUGUCCGCUUUGUCCAAUGGCCUUCAAGUCUGCACCAGCAACACACUCCCAUGCGUACACGCAGCAUCCAGGACUGAAAGCAGGAGAGCCUAAGCUGAUAUACAAGUGCUCCAUGUGUGAUACCGUCUUCACGCUGCAGUCUCUGCUCUACACACACUUUGACCAGCAUGUUGUCAAUCAUAAAGUUCCCGUGUUCAAAUGCCCUGACUGCUCCAUGCACUAUGCACAGAAACAACUCAUGCUGGACCAUAUUAAGGCCAUUCAUGGAACUUUGAAGACCAUUGAGGGUCCACCAAACUUGGGGAUCAGCCUCCCUCUCAGUGCCAAACCUACAAAUUUAAACAGCACCACCAGUAAUGGCCCCAGUAAUAACAACAACAACAACAACAACAAAGAUGGAGGAAACAACAAUGGACAAAACAAAGGCGUCAAGAUGGCUGCUCCUUCAUCACCCAAAAAACCCAACAAAAACAGCUUGGGGGCGGUUAAUAAUGGUAAUAAUAAUCUUAAUGGUUCAGAGUAUACAUGUUCAGAGUGCAGCGGCGUCUUCAGCGGCAGAGAGGUCUUUUUGAACCACAUGAGAAGAGACCAUGGCAAGAUAUUGAAGAAACACCCGUGCCGACAGUGCGACAACUCCUUCAGUUCUACCCACAGUCUUUGCCGACACAACCGCCUCAAACACAAGGGUGUGCGGAAAGUCUACACCUGCCCACACUGCCCAGCUCUCAGUCAGCCCUUCACCAAGAGAGUGCUGCUGGAUCAGCACAUUCAGUUGCUGCACGGAGCUUCAGGAAAGACUGCCAGCUCAGAUGCCACGGAUAAUAUGCCGGAGAAGAAAUCGAUUGUGAGCCCCAAGAGAAAACAUGAUGCGGAAGAGGAGGUGUCUCCAGGGUUAACCCCCCGUAGUUUCGACUCGCAACCUUUGAAGAGGCUCAAAGUAAACAUCCCCAAAGUUCACAGAUGCGCCGUGUGCGGCUUUACCACCGAAGACGUUGCCGCAUUCCACAAGCACAUCCCCCAGCACAAGUCGGAUCGCUCGUCCUACCAGUGCCAGGAGUGCGGACUGUGCUACACCUCCCCCCGCUCAAAGGCCCGCCACCUCUUCAUUGUCCAUCGUCUGAAGGAGCCGCAAGGCCUCGCCCGGUACAGGGCUAAGGACGAUGACGAGAACCAGAGGGAGAACCAUGUGGACGUUACAGCUGCGGAUGACGGGACACUAAACACCAAAUGUAAAGUGUGCGGGAAAGUGUUUGAGACCGAGGGCAACCUGAACAUCCACAUGAGGACGCAUGGCAUGGCGUUCAUCAAGGCCAAGAGGCUCAGUUCGGCUGAGAAAUGAAUCAAAACUGUUAAUAUAUUUGUACAGUAUCUAUUGGCGAGGGUCCUACUGUACAUAAUUAUUACAUUAUGUAUAAUGUACCAUGAAAAUAACAAUUUCAUCCCCUGCUGAUCGUAACUGACAAGGACAUGAAAACUCCACAAUCUUUAUGGUCGGUUUACUGUCGCAAAGAGAUGACAUUACAUAAUUCUCCCAAACCUUGACUGAGUCAUCCCAGUGUCAAGACGGGCCUGUUGUAACACGUCUGUAACAAGAUCUUCAUCCAUUGUAGCCAAAAGUGUUGCUAAUGGUUUGCUUGGUGAAAAGAACAUGGUCAGUUUCCUCCAUUUCCAAAUGAUUGUGCCAAUAGCUUCUUUCGUCUUGUAGCCCAUCUCGGUCAUGUACAGGUGUACAAUUUGUGCCUGAGUUCCUCCGACAGCUCUUUGGUCUUGCCCAUGGUGGUGAAAAGGUUUGAAUUUGUGGCAGGUGUCUUUUAUCCCCCUGACGAAUUGAGCAUGGGAGUACCUUAUUUUCUGGACUAUACGUCGCUCCUGAGUAUAAGUCGCACAAGGCCAAAAAUGCAUCAUUAGGUAGAAAAAAACAUACAUAAGUCGCACUGGAGUAUAAGUCGCAUUUUUUGUGGGUAAACAGACAUUACAUCAUCUCGGAAGGCAAGAUGACGGGGGCAUUUGUGUUCUGUCAUUCUCAGUUGUCUUUGUAAGCUAACGUCUACUGUUUUAAAUAUUGAAUUGUUAAGCAGUAGGAAAUAUUGGUGUGAAAGUCCAGAGUGCCCUCUUGUGGCUGUCUGUGAAAUUAUAUAUAUUUUCAUUCAUAAGUCACUCUGGAGUAUAAGUCACAGGAACAGCCAACCUAUGAAAAAAGUACGACUUAUAGUCCGGAAAAUACGGUACUUCCCGAAAGGAACAUGACUUAUUUCCACAUAAUAAAUGUGGGGGUCAGAACGCUCGUUGGCAGUGAGGUGUUCCGAUUACAGUAAACGGCCCAUAAAAGCAGGGGAUCAAACACUUAUUUUCCCACUUUGUGUUUUUAAUUGAAGAAAAAUAGUUUUUGUACUACAUGUUUCUAAAGACUUGGAACUUUUUUUAUAGAAGAGAUUUUUUUAUUUAUUUUACAUUUGUUAUGUGGAGCUGCAUAAUGUAUACAUAUAUUGUAUGGUUAUUGAAAGAUGAGCUAGAGCCAUGACCUAGGGGCCCAUGUCCACACUAAAACUGGUAUUUUUUAAACAUAUCCUGCUGCGGUGAGCUAAUAUUUUGCUUCGUGGACCACAGUGGGUAUAACACCUUUAAACAUCUGAAGGUUGCUUUUCAUUAGUGAAUUGAAUCGUGGAAUAAUAGAAUAUAACGGAUGACUUCCUCAACAUGUUUUCAUAACACGUUAAAACCUGAAAGUAAGAGCUAAAAAACACAUGUCAGAUAAGAUAUUACUUUUCUGCUGAACUGCGGAAGCUCUCUUAGGAAUAUUUUCAAUACUUCAAGACAUAACUCCAGCUUCGAUUUUAAAGGUUUAUAAAAAAAAUGCAGAAAUAUCCGGCAGGCCGGAUUAAAAUGCCUAGGGGGCCUGAUUUUGCCCAUGGGCCGUGGUUUUCCCAGUUCUGACCUAGGUUACUGCAUUUUCUAUGAUUCUUGAACUUUUGGUACAUACUGUACACACGCUGUUAGUAAAAAACAUUAUAAAUACCUGCGUACGUGUGGACUUGGCCCCAAACAGUCAUCAUUAUUCUGUUCAUUCGUACGCUGGAGAAUGUAAACUGAGCUGUUACUCUUAACUACUUAUAAGAAAACCAGUCACAGUUAAGGAGCGUUGGGAAGACUUGAAAUUUCCAUUCACAAUAACAGGCAUAUAUAUAUAUAUAUAUACAGUACCUAAAAACUGUAGGGUUGCUAGAAGCUACUUAGACAACAAGACUUUGUCUCUUGCUGUAAAACCGCAUGCGAAAAGCAGUCGGUGUAUUGCUGAGUAGAAUGUUGUCUUUACUGCUGCUGAAUGAGUGCUGAUCUUGACAUCAAUAAAAUGUGAAAGUAUCAUUAGCCUGUA